GUAGAGAGUAGGGGGCGGUAGUCGGGGGUGGUGGGAGAAGGAGGAGGCGGCGGCGGCGGCGAAUCACUUAUAAAUGGCGCCGAAGCAGGACCCGAAGCCUAAAUUCCAGGAGGGUGAGAGAGUGCUGUGCUUCCAUGGGCCUCUUCUUUAUGAAGCAAAGUGUGUAAAGGUUGCCAUAAAGGAUAAACAAGUGAAAUACUUUAUACAUUACAGUGGUUGGAAUAAAAAAAGUGCUGUGAGGCCCAGGCGCUCUGAAAAAACUUUGAAGACACGUGAGGAUAUUGUAGCACUUUUUCCUGUUCCUGAAGGAGCUCCCUCAGUACACCACCCCCUCCUGACCUCUAGUUGGGAUGAAUGGGUUCCAGAAAGCAGAGUACUCAAAUACGUGGACACCAAUUUGCAGAAACAACGAGAACUUCAAAAAGCCAAUCAGGAGCAGUAUGCAGAGGGGAAGAUGAGAGGGGCUGCCCCUGGAAAGAAGACUUCUGGUCUGCAACAGAAAAAUGUUGAAGUGAAAACAAAAAAGAACAAACAGAAAACACCUGGAAAUGGAGAUGGUGGCAGUACCAGUGAGACACCUCAGCCUCCUCGGAAGAAAAGGGCCCGCGUAGAUCCUACUGUUGAAAAUGAGGAAACAUUCAUGAACAGAGUUGAAGUUAAAGUAAAGAUUCCUGAAGAACUAAAACCAUGGCUUGUUGAUGACUGGGACUUAAUUACCCGGCAAAAACAGCUCUUUUAUCUUCCUGCCAAGAAGAAUGUGGAUUCCAUUCUAGAGGAUUAUGCAAAUUACAAGAAAUCUCGAGGAAACACAGAUAAUAAGGAGUAUGCUGUUAAUGAAGUUGUGGCAGGGAUCAAGGAAUACUUCAAUGUAAUGUUGGGCACUCAGCUGCUCUACAAAUUUGAGAGACCACAGUAUGCUGAGAUCCUCGCAGAUCACCCUGAUGCGCCCAUGUCCCAGGUGUAUGGAGCGCCACAUCUACUGAGAUUAUUUGUACGUAUUGGAGCAAUGUUGGCCUAUACACCUCUGGAUGAGAAGAGCCUUGCUUUAUUACUGAAUUAUCUUCAUGAUUUUCUAAAACAGUUAGGCUUCUGAGAACUUAUCCUGUAGAAAUACUUGAAUGCACAAAGAUUUCCAAGCAUGUUUAUUGCAUUUGAAAAAGAAAAUGGUGAAGAAUUUUAAACCGUUAUUAAUAGACGAGGUAGGUCUAAAUAUAUGAAUCAAGAAAGAUGUCCAUGUUGUGUCAGUUUAAAAAAAAUAAAUUGCAGUAGAGUAUGGUAUGAUUCCUCUGAUUUGUAGAGAAACACUUUCAAUCUUUGGAACAGAUUUGGAAAAAUAAGGAUCAUACUUAACAGUGAGUUGUUUCCUGGGCAUAGUUUUGGGCGAGGAGUUUUCCGUUGCUACUUUAUAUAGUUCUGUGUUUGAAUUUUCUUAAAAUGGCACCGUGUAUUUUAUAAUAAUUUUAAAACCAACGUGAACCUGGGAAUCUAAACAGCUUUAUAGUCUUUGUUUUACCAAUGAUGAAUUAAUAUCCUUUCUCUACCCCCACUUCUUUAUGAAAUGAAAGUGCUCCACUACUGGACAUUUCAGGUCCCUUUGAUUUUUAUGGUGUUAAUUCCAAGUUUAAACUUGAGAAAUACUGGUCAAUUUCUGAAUUUAUAUUUAAUAUGAUUUCAGAGAGCUAAAGAAAACACCUAGAUGUUAUUCUUUUAGACUAACGACACCUGUUUCUUAAAGGUAGUCCAAGUGCUCAGGUUGGUAUUCUGGUGACUCCUGUUCUUUGCUUAUUUGAAAUAAGGGAAGUAACUCUGGACUUCCAUCCUUAUUUGUGUUGUUGUCUGGUAUAUAACCCUAUUUACCUGAGUUAUAAUUACAUAGUUUUACUGUGAGGUUGUGAUUAUUUUAGUAUAUUUUAAAGUGCUUUGUGUGGCUUCUGUAUAUAAUUAAGAAGAG